GCCCCCACUGAAACGUUUCACUUAAGAACAACUUUUUGAUUCAAUAGCGACCCAGUCAGUUCGAGCACGUGUUGCGAUAAGUUCGCUUGUUGCGCGUACUCGCCGUCACAUUUGGGGAGAAUUUUCGUUCCGGUAUCUACAUGGGGAAGUGUUUUUAGCUCCUGCGUGUGACAUUUCAACUGGAUUAUUAUAAGUGCACUUUUAUGGAAAUGGUUACACUUUUUGCCAUUGUUACACUUCUACUGGCUUCCUUUGAUAUUUCUUUAUGUCAGCGGAAGGUCAGUAGAAAUGUAGCCUUAGGAAGUGAAGUCAAAACUGUCGCAAAUUUCAACUGUCCGGAAGAAUUCGGCUACUACCCUCACCCAAAUGACUGCACGCAGUACUACGUAUGUGUUUUUGGAGGAGCUUUGCUGGAAUCUUGUACAGGUGGACUCAUGUACAGUCAUGAAUUACAAACAUGUGACUGGCCAAGAAACGUAGGAUGUGACGGUGCUGAAAUAUCUGGCCCAGUGGCAGCAACAUCAGCAAGUCCACCUAGCAGAACCCGAGAGGAACCUAGAACACGUUACACACCGCCAACACCACCCCCGGCUCAACCGGCAGCAAUUGUUACUUCUCGAGGACAACCCAGACAACUUCAACACAACCAACAAGAAAUAAUAAAACAACGCCAACAGCAACAACUCUAUGCGGAUGCAGAAGAAACUCUUCCACCCGCAGAAGAGGUCGAAAGCGAUCGCCAACAACGUGUUUAUCGAGGCCAACCCUCUACAGUUGGUCAAGUCCAAAAAGACAGGGAUGGGUUAAGACAUUCAAAUGCAAUUCCUACUUACAAUGGACGGAGUGAACGGAUAGGGGUUAUAUCAUUUGGUACUCAACAACAGCAGCAGCAACCACAACAGCAACAGUACAGCACAAUUGACGAUAAACUUAGUAAUGACUUGACUUUGAAGAGGAGACGUAAAAGACAAACGCAACGAAGUCGUAUACGUUCCAUUGAAACCUCAUGGCGUGGUGGUCAACAAAAUUUUCAAACAUCGCGAUUAAACAUAGGUCCUUAUACACUACAACCCCCUCCUUUACAAAAUCCUGUUUUUUCUUCUAGUUAUCAAAAAAAUAAUUUCGUACCAAGCCCACUGAUUGAUAACGAAUUUAAACCUUUUGUUCCCAAUUAUCAUAAAGUACCAACUCAUACAGUUGCAAAAAAAGUACCUUUUACUUCAACUAGUAAUGACUAUUUUACGGCUAUUACUACGUUUAGACCAAUAAAACCAAUUUUAAGAGAACCAAAUAAACUUAGACAUACUAUAGAUUACUACAGACACAAAAAUCUAAUGCUCCCACAACACACACAUAUAAUAAACCACAACACUUCAUCUAUUCAAAUAACAAACCCCAAUAUUAACCUGUCAACUGCCAGUACGACAAGUACCCCCAUGUAUAGUGAUAACUCUAAAGAAGAAGAAAAUAACAAAGCAACAGCGGAGUAUCCUGACUUUCCUGAACAAUUUUUUGGCCCUCCUGCUUCUUAUUUUAAUACAAAAAAUAAAUAUGAAAGUAUUGAAAACCCUUUUGCAAAUCCUCAUUUUGACUUUGACAAAUUUUUGUCUGGCUUACGUGAAGAGCCUUCUACAACUGUCCCAAACCCAGUUGAAAAGGUAGAAUCUAAACCAAAAUCCACAAUUCCUCCAAAAACUGAUCAACCGAACGAGUAUUACUAUUACGAAUAUGAGGAAGAUGACGUGGGUAGGUAUGAGACAAAUGAAGCGCCGAAAAAAAUUUAUUCUAGUCAAAUUAAACCUACCUUAAAAACAUUACCGAAACCAAUCAAUGAUUAUUAUUACGAGGAAGAGUACGAUUAUCCUCAAAAAAAUAAUAAUAAACCGGUGAAUGUCAGUAAAAAUGGUGAAAUGAAAUACUCGGCUAAAUAUCAAGGAAAACCUCUCAAAGUAAUAAAAACUACUCGAGUUCCACAAACUGCAACAACUUCGGUGCGUCCUACAACCAAAAAAUUGUUAACGAGCGAGACCUUUGCUUCAUCCUCUACUGUUAGUUCGACCACACAAAAACCAAAAUAUACGACACGUCGCAAAUCUAAAUUGACAAUACCGACGACACGACCUUCGAGAAGCAAACAACGACAAAGACUUACUGACGAUGACAAAAAAGUAAGGGUUGACACAAGUAGUGCCGCACCAGUACAACCAGCCAUUUCCACAGCUACAGCGACCGCAAGGGCUUUAUAUAAUAGCAGCCAAUAUAAUAAUAAUAAUUACGAUCCUUACUAUGCCUUAUACGAUGAUGAUGUUGAGUUGUAUAGAGAUGACGAUUACUCGCAGCAGUAUAAUAAUAAUAACAACAACGCUGCUCAAAGUCAAACACCUCACUACAGGAGAACUCCAUCACCGGUAAUCCAAUCAACUCAAGAGGAGGCUCCCAAGCGCGGCACCUCGGGAUAUAUUCAGAAUAAUUACAAUUACCAACCGAAUUCAAAUUCUGAUUACAACGAUGAUAACAAUUACAACAGUCAAGUGGAAGAUCAAAACGCGUACAGACAAGUAAACAGACAACCAACAAGGGGAGACAGGAAUGAUUUGAAUUAUUUAGAAGAAGCGUCGACUAAAAGAACUACUACUACCACAUCUAGAAAAACUACCACUAGAACAACGACUUUACGAACAUUUCCCUCUAAAAAGAGUACAGUCCCAAGCAGACUUCCAGUCACAGCCCAUGAGAACAAAACACAAGCACAGUCUAUCAUUAAUACAUUACGAGAUGACCCGGGACCACAUCCUUUAACUCCUCAUACCAUUGAUCCCAAACAUAAUUCUAGCCUUGGACUAGACGAAACCACUACCUUCAGACCACAUUUACCUGACACACAAUCCAAACUUUUAUCAGAAGCAGUUGUUUACAAGCCAGCGCCUUUUGCGUUAACUGAGCAUUUAACAACAGAAAAACCCAUUAUAUUUCAUUACAUUACUAAAUCACCCAGGUCAACUACUCUAGUCUCUACGGAAUUGUCUAGUAAAACUUCUACCGUCAAUAAUUCUGACUUAAAAAAUAAAACUAUUAUUGUUCCAACAACUUAUUCACCUCCAAAAUUUUUCCUCAAAUCUCUUUUACCCAAAUCUCUUACUGACAGCACUACUAUUCCUAAUUUAUCUGAUACUAAACCGCAUAAAACAUUAAAGUCUGUAAGAAAAUUAAUCAGUCCUAUUAAUGUUAAUUAUGGAUUAUCUACUGUAACAAGCUCAAAUUUUGAAUCUGCUGAAAAGUUAGUUUCAGACGUUGAUAAUAUUAAAAAUAGUUUACAUGAUCGUCAUUCACAAACUAGCGAAGAAAAACUAUCGGACGAAUACAUUGAUGAACCAACCACCAAAGAAACUAAACUUCCAACUUCUUCUGAAAGUUUACCAGUGUCUUCAGAGUCUAUAAGCGUUGUUUAUAAUCCGAGCAAAGCAGAUGAUUAUUACAUUGAUGAUGAAAUAAUAAAUUCUCAUGAAGAGAGCAAGUUGCGGCAUUACGUAGAACCAUAUAACCAUUUUAAUGUGUCUUCUGAAUCCAAACGUUUCCGCACAACUAUAGAAAUUCCCCCACCACACGAUUUAAUUGAUGAUAGUUUCAAACCAAAGCAAGAACCUGAUCAAUCUCCAGAUUAUAAAAUACAGCCUUAUCCCAAACCAGUUGCACAAACAACAAAAACAACGACGACGACUUCGACUGUUAAGACCACAACUACAGACUCUUCCCCCAGUACCUCAAUUCCUGCCAGAGUAUCCCGGGUUAACACUGCAAUUAAAUCACUAAUUGCAGUCGGGGGAACGCAAAGGCAAAACGUAAAAUGUCACGAAAAUCAAAAUGCCUAUUCAAAAUGCCACGACCCAAAGCAUCAGAGAACCAGUACUAGAGGCAGGGGAUCCACACAUUACGCUAAUGGAGGAAAUAUUGUCAACAAUGAAGUUACUGUCACUGUCAAUAGAGGAACACCAGCAUCGCGGCCUCGCCCGACUCUGAAACCAUCCACUUCUAUCGUAUCCAAAGCUUCUGAAUUCAUCGACAUCUAUAGAUAUCCUCCGUCUAGACCUGCCCCAAUUUACCCUCAACCUCAACCUGACAAAACUGCAGCCAAAUGCCGAAAAGACGUUUGCUUACUACCUGACUGCAGUUGUGGAGGAAAAGAAAUUCCGGGAAAUCUACCAGUUGAAGAAGUUCCUCAAAUAGUUCUUCUUACAUUUGAUGACGCUGUCAAUGAUUUAAACAAACAGUAUUAUAUAGAAUUAUUUGAAAGUGGUCGUCGGAAUCCCAAUGGUUGUCCCAUAGCUGCAACAUUUUAUGUUUCUCACGAAUGGACUGAUUAUAGCCAGGUUCAAAACCUUUAUGCCGAUGGUCAUGAGAUGGCAUCGCACACCGUGUCGCACAGUUUUGGAGAACAAUUCUCCCAAAAAAAAUGGACACGCGAAGUCGCCGGACAAAGAGAAAUAUUAUCUGCUUAUGGUGGAGUGCACUUGGAAGACGUCCGAGGAAUGAGAGCCCCAUUUUUAUCGGUUGGUGGAAACAAGAUGUUCAAAAUGUUAUACGAUUCAAACUUCACGUACGACUCAUCCAUGCCUAUUUAUGAAAACAAACCGCCAAGUUGGCCAUACACCCUUGAUUACAAAUUAUUCCACGACUGCAUGAUCCCACCAUGCCCUACACGUUCCUAUCCUGGAGUAUGGGAAGUACCUAUGGUUAUGUGGCAAGAUUUAAACGGAGGAAGAUGCUCAAUGGGAGACGCUUGUAGCAACCCUCCUGAUGCCGAAGGUGUUUUCAAAAUGUUAACUAAAAACUUCCAAAGACACUACACAACCAACAGAGCACCAUUUGGCCUGUUCUAUCACGCUGCAUGGUUUACACAACCACAUCACAAAGAAGGUUUCAUCAAUUUUCUCGACAGCAUUCUGGAAAUGAAAGAUGUAUGGUUGGUUACCAACUGGCAAGCUAUCCAGUGGGUCCGAGAUCCUACACCUAUUUCACGAUUAAAUUCAUUCCAACCCUUCCAGUGUGACUUUUCCAAUCGGCCAAAACGAUGCAACAAUCCAAAAGUGUGUAACUUAUGGCACAAAUCUGGAGUACGAUACAUGAGAACUUGUCAGCCUUGUCCUGAUAUUUAUCCUUGGACUGGAAACACUGGAAUUCGCAGUAGUCGUAUUGACAAUGAUAUUGAAGAUUAGUUUCAGAAAGCCAAAAGAGAGUAAAAUAAAGCAGAGUUAUUUUUAAUCCAAAGCAGCAUUAUUUUAAAUGUUGCUCAUAUUUAAAUGCAUUUUGGUUUUAUUCUAAGUAAUGGAGAAGGAAUCGCAAUUUAUCAAACGUUAUUUAUUAUUACUCGGUUCUAACGUGACCUGUUUGUAUGACUCAAUACUAUUAUAUUUCUUCAGAGCUAAUAGUACACUAGUCAUUGUAAAAGGUGCCAAAUUUCGGCUAUUUUGAUUCCUAUUUAAUUUCGAUUUUAUUUUAAAUAACGUAGUUUGCUUCAGAUUUCUCCAUUACUUUGUAAGUGAUGUUGCAAUAUUUUUGCACAUGUUGUAGAGGUGUCGCGUUCAUCGCAUUAUGGAAAAAGUGAUGCACUUCAUACCUCAUCAACAUUAUACGUAAUAGUAAAUUGUAAAUACAGUAGUGGUUUCUAAUAUUAUUUAAAGAUCGAUUACAAUACUGCCAAUCAAAACAUACUCCUAGAAUAAAUACCUAUCAUUUUAUCUUUCGCCAGAAAUGGUUACAAAAUUCUUUGAACUAGAUUAGUUUAUUAUCUAAUUACCUAUACAUUUAAAAUACUUAAUUUAUUGUAUAAUAUCUGAAUAAUGGAAGAAUUAGAAUUUUUUAAAUGUGAACCAGUGAGUGAUAAUAAAGUAUUUUGUUAAAAUUGA